AUUUCUGUGUUGAAUUUAAUCUGACACAAUUAGUCAAAGAACCAACAAGAGUGACCGAUACUUCUCAGACCCUCAUCGAUGUAGCCUUAACUACAAAUACCAAUAUUAUAGAUACAUGCGAUGUAAAACCGGCGGCAUUAAGUGAUCAUAGUUUGGUUUGUUUGAUACUAAAAUUGAAGUCUCCUCGACCCCGUUGUACGUUUAUCACUACCAGAAGCUAUAAAAAUUAUAACCGGGAAAAGUUUGUGGAUGAUUUGGCACUAAAUGUUCCCUUUCAUAUGGUUAGUUGUUUUGACGACUUAGAUGAUCAAGUUGAGGUUUUUAAUUGUUUAUUCUUGGAUGUUCUGGAUAAACACGCUCCAAUAAAACGAAUUAAAAUUAAGUCGAGACCAAAUCCCUUUAUUACCCCUGAGAUUAGGCAACUUAUAAAAACACGCGAUAAGUGGCACAAAAGUGCAAUUAAAACAAAUGAUAAAAUGCAUUGGAAUGCAUAUCGUUCUUUUCGGCAAGAGGUGAAGCGCGAAAUUCGAUUUGCAGAAAAGGAACAUGUAUGUAAUGAAAUAAAUAAUAGUAAUGGUAAUACAAAUUCUAUUUGGAAAGUUAUAAACCGUUGCCUCCCGAGACGACAACCACAAUUUGUCUCAACAGAAGACCCAAAAACACAAGCAUUCAGAUUUAAUGAGUACUAUGCGUCGGUGGGGAUAAACGCUUCUGCUAUGGCCGAUGAAAUUGCUGAAAAAUUGGGUUUUACAACAAGUGUCAGUGAUUAUCAAGAUACAAAUAGCAAUAUGAGUGAUGUAAAUUGCGCUCCUUUCACCUUUCAUUCUGUGACCCAAGAUGAUGUAAAUAGGAUUAUAAAAAGUUUACCAUCGAAUAAAGCUCCUGGAUAUGAUAAAGUAACAGCUAGAAUUUUAAAGGACAGUUUACCCGUGACGAUUCCUACAAUUACAAACUUAAUAAAUUACUCCUUUUCAUCAUGUGAGUUUGCUCAAGUUUGGAAACGAGCGGAGGUUACACCGUGCAUAAAAUCGGGAGAUCCUGAUGAGCAGACUAAUACACGUCCAAUUUCGCUUCUGCCUAUCAUAUCUAAAGUUGUUGAGAGAUCAGCACAUGUGCAAUUCACUGAAUAUUUAGAUUCAAACGGAAAAAUUGCCCAAUUUCAGUCAGGAAAUCGGAAAAUCCACUCCACGGAAACAGGACUUCUCUAUUUUACUGACGAAAUUCUAAAGAAUAUGGACAUGAAACAAGUAUCAGUUGUUGUGCUAUUAGACAUGUCUAAAGCGUUCGAUAGCAUUCGCCAUGAUUUGAUGUUGUCCAAGUUACGUAAAGUAGGUGCAGGUGACUCGGCAAUAACCUGGUUUGAAAGCUAUUUGUCCCGACGUACACAGACCGUGAAAAUACAAGAUACCCUUUCCACGUCUUUGCCUCUGUCUGUGGGUGUACCACAAGGUUCCAUUUUGGGACCACUUUUAUUUACAGUAUACGUAAACGAGAUUCUGUCAGUUCCUAGAAGAUGCAAAUCUAUGGGUUAUGUUGAUGUACAAAAACUUUCAUCGCCUUUCCACCACGUGAUCUUAGCAGCGCUAUAUCUGAUUUGAAUGAAGAUCUAAAUGAGAUAUCGAGAUGGUGUUGUGCAAACUCGCUUCUAAUAAAUUCGGAAAAAACAAAGGUUCAAGUAAUCGGGGUCUCGCAAUUGAUCCGUAACCUACCACCGAUACCACCCAUCAAGAUAUUAGGAAAGGUGAUCAAUCCUGUUCCCGUAGUCAAAGACUUAGGCGUUAGUAUUGACUGUUAUCUUAGCUAUAAUGAAAAUACUAAGGAAUUAGUUUCAAAUUGCAUGUUUAAACUGUCAAGAAUUAAUCGGAUCAAACAUUUGCUUGAUAGAAAAACCAUUCUCCUCCUGAUGGAAGUAUUUGUUUUCAGUAAGUUAUUUUAUUGCUCAACUAUAUGGAGCAAUACAUCUAAACAAAAUGUAAAGAAGUUGCAACUAGUGCAGAAUUUUGCUGCAAGAAUUGUUCUGGGACUCAGGAAAUAUGACCAUAUUUCUGAAGGCAUACAAUCUUUGAAAUGGCUCAAUGUAAAGGACACACUAUUCCUAAAUGAUGCCGUUAUGGUCCAUAAAUGCCUUCAUGGCAGAGUACCAGCAUAUUUAUCCGAUAAGUUUAUGCCUCGUUCUGCCAUACAUAGCAGAUCGACUAGACAUUGUAAUGAUUUAAAUUUGCCCAAAUGUAGGCUUGCAACUGGGCAAAGAAUGUUUUCCUAUCGGGGGGCAAAACUGUAUAAUGAACUGCCUCUUGAUAUUAAGGAAAUUGAGAACACUAGAUUUUUUAAGAAAAGACUUCGAAAUGAACUCAGAAAGAACUUAUUGAGUUAA